UUCACCAGUUACUGUGGGCAACUCAAAAUGACCAGCAUUGUAUUUCUCGCACUUGCGUUCAUGUUUACCUGUGAUCUUUCUUCAGCAAACAAGAAAAACGCGUGUCCACAAAUAUUAUGUCCACUCGAUCAUAAAAUACCAAAAGACUGUAGGAAAGCAGAAUAUGUGAUUGGAGAAGACUUCAAGACCAGGUGUCGCGUAUGUGACAGCAAUCUAUGUGGUGAUAUGUCAACUGUUUGCCCGGUGAUAUAUUGCCCAAAUGAUCGUAAAAUAAAGAAGGAUUGCCGCCGACCAAACUUUGAGAUAGGCACUGACGGAAUAACAAAGUGCCGACUGUGUGAUUCAAGUGUUUGUGGAAAGAAGAGAGAAGUGUGCCCACAAAUCCAAUGCCCUAACGAUUUGUCCAUUCCAAAAUAUUGCCGAGCUAAGACAUUUGAGAUUGGCACAGAUGGGAUCACCAGGUGUAGAGUUUGCGAUAGAGAUCGCUGUUUGAAAAACUAAAUGAUGGAAUGCUAAUGUAUAUAAUGCAGUAACAUCAAUGAAUAAAAUUGACACGAAAACUU